AUGGGCGAGGUGGCCCGACUUUUGCUCUCUUCGUGCAUAUGCGCUGAUUCACGUUAUGCGUUCUCACCACAGGACACAGAAUUUACAUUUCCAAGUUCCUCGUCGCGUCGCGGUUACAACGAUUUCCCUGGGGGCAAUGGCGGCAGCGCCAAUUCCCUCGGCGGCAACAUCUGCAACAUGCCAAUGGCCAGCAACAAUUCGCUGAACAAUCUGUGCGGCCUAUCGAUCGGCAGCGGCGGCAGCGAUGAUCUGAUGAACGAUCAGCGCACAAGCAACACCAAUUUGAUAGUGAACUAUUUGCCGCAGGAUAUGACUGAUCGCGAGCUGUAUGCCCUAUUCAGAGCCAUUGGACCCAUCAAUACGUGCAGAAUCAUGAGAGACUAUAAGACUGGCUACAGUUUUGGUUAUGCUUUCGUGGACUUCACAUCGGAAAUGGACUCGCAGCGUGCUAUUAAAGUUCUCAAUGGGAUCACAGUGCGCAAUAAGCGGCUCAAGGUUUCAUAUGCGCGUCCUGGCGGUGAGUCGAUCAAGGAUACAAAUCUGUAUGUGACCAAUCUGCCGCGCACGAUAACCGACGAUCAGCUGGACACGAUCUUUGGCAAAUACGGUUCCAUAGUGCAAAAGAAUAUACUGCGUGAUAAGUUAACUGGGCGGCCAAGGGGCGUGGCGUUUGUGCGCUAUAAUAAACGCGAGGAGGCACAGGAGGCUAUCUCGGCGCUGAACAAUGUUAUACCAGAGGGCGGCUCCCAGCCGCUGUCCGUGCGCCUGGCCGAGGAGCAUGGCAAGGCAAAGGCGGCGCAUUUCAUGUCACAGAUGGGAAUGGGACCGCCGCAGGCGCCGCCACCACCACCACCACCACCACCGCACAUGGCGGCCGGCUUCAAUAACAUGGUUCACAGAGGUAGAUCAUUAAAAUCACAACAGCGCUUCCAAAAAACGCAUCCCUACUUUGAUGCACAAAAGUUUAUCUAAAACAAAAGAAAACAAAACUGAUCAAACAAC